AUGAUGAUUCACUUAAUUCAAUGUGUAUUCAUAUCUAUUACAGGUAGCUAUAGCGGUGCUAAAUACUACAUAGAUCCUAAAACUGGUUAUACAGUUUUUACUGAAAUUGAACAUUUAACUCGUGGUUAUUGUUGUCAUUCAAAAUGCCGCCAUUGUCCUUAUCACCAUAGCAAUAACUCGAAUAAUCUACCUAAGGAUAAAAAUAAUAAUUCAUAUUCAAUGUUCAAUGAAUCGAUUAUCAAUACUUGUAUUAAUUAA